AAACCACCCGGAUGUUGGUUUUACUACCUAGCUAAUACGUGAAUGAGUGAAACACAUGUCGACACAAACGUCGCCUCUAAAAAUGGAUUUAAACGCCAAGAAAACGAGUUCGAAGGCGUUGCUUUCAUGUGGGAACGGAGGAGGUCUCAGUGAGAAGCUCCUCCUCAAGCCGAAGACCGGCAGACCCCCCCAGACGGAGAGAGUCCCGAGAAGCAGCGUGCUGGAGCGGCUGCAGACCUUCCUGCCCCAGAUGGCCACGGCCAACGAGAAGCUGCGGCUGCAGAUGGCCGACGCUCCGGCCGGACGCUUCGACAUCGAGAGCGUGGACGAGGCCGAGGAGAGGGUCAUCGAGAUGGACGUGGCGCUGGUGGAGCUCAGCGGGUCCGACAGCGACUCAGCAGACGGAGACGAGACGUCGUCGGAGGAGGAGGACGAGGAGGAGGAGGAGGAAGAGGAGGAGUCCGAGUCCAUCACAGAGCAGAACCUUAAACUACCGGGAGACAAAGGCAAGAGGAAGACCGCCUGCAUCCAGGUCCUCCAUCCACCGGGAGAGUAGAGGAAGUGGACCCCAGACCUUUUAUAGCUGCGUGUGGACUUGCUUUGGUGAUGCGGGUCAAACAGACCGGGGACAAAAACCUCCAGGCGUGGACCUUCACAGACACAGAGACCAGGAAGACGCAGAUCGUCCUCAUCUCAUCCCUAUGGGAACAAAUACCAUUUUGUACAUUGAACAGCUGUAAAAGUGCCUUUUGGAGCCAGACCAGAUCCUGGGGUUCCCUCUGGGGAGGGGGUUCCCCAGAAAACUUAAGACCUGGGUGUCUUUUUUUUAUCAAGGGGACAGUCCCAGACUGAUGGCAGCCUUGACGUAGAGCCCAAUAGUUUCUCCAAUAACAGAACCGUGGACCGGAUUGUAACAUUUGGGGUUUUUAACCCUUGUGUGAAAAAAACCCUCUGUUUUGGUCUCAAUUUGCAGCAUUUUUGUCACUUUUUCUAAAGUUGGGGGUUCUCUUUUUGAUGAUUUUGGUGUUUUUUCUAUAUUUUGAAUGUAACACUUAUUUAGACGGCCAAUUUUUGUGACAAAAAAAGCAAAAAAAUGAACUGAAAACGGGUCAAAUUUGAGGUUAAAAAAGGGUUAAAAAGCUUCCGGAUUGAUUCCUAGUCUAAAGCUAAACGCUAACUGGAGAUUUUGCAAAAUAUGACUGCGUCCCAUUGUAACUGGAGUUAAAAAAACACACACACACACACACACACACACACACACACACACACACACACAGUGGGGGGGGGGGGGGGGGCAUGAGGCCCAGUUCUCAAGGAAGAUAAUUACCAGAAAAGAUGUUUGAUUUGAUUUAAUUUUACAAAUAAAACCUGCGUACACAAGCCCUGCUGCAUCCAGAUGUGUUGAUUCUCCUGACAUAGUCCCGGUCAUAAUCAAAUACCACGUGUGGUUCUAUAAAAUACACACGAUUGCUUCUCAUUAACCCCCCCGUGCUCAUCUGAAAUCAAGGUUUUGCUACUCAAAGUAAGUGUUUUGGACGUGAAAACGACUUCAUUUUUGGGGGUUCACAGUGAAAAAGUCUAAGUCGUGAUCAAGGUAAGCGAACACGCUGCGGUUUGGAUUUAAGGAUUCAGUUUUCAUAUUAGAGUCAACUUUAUUGUCAGUAUAUAAAGACAACGAAAUGCAGUUAGCGUCCAUCCAGAAGUGCAAAAAGAUCCGAAAAGUGCAAAGUAUUGACAGGACAUAUAAAAUAUAAAUGAAAUGUAAAAUGAAUGACAUGUACAGAUAUGUGCAAUGUAGUAGAGGACCCAUAAUAGUAAGAAUAAUAAAGAUAUAAGCAGUGUAUUAUAUGAAAAACAAUAAAUAUGGAUAUUCAGUAUAAACCAUAUCCAGGUAUAAUCUUGUGUCAAAUCAGCCAAAAUAACUAAAUUGACACGCAGAUAUUCUGGUUUUUGCCCUUCUUCCGAAAACUAUAUAAUAUAAAAAUGUUGUGACCAACACCGUAAACUUGCAAUAGAAACCCUUAUUAAUUAAGACGCAUUAUUCCGAUAUAUCCAUGUCCAAAAAAAGCUUGUAAAAAAUUAAAAUUACACCAGCACUUUUGUCAAAUUAGGAAUAUUGUCAUAUUCUGAAUGACAGUGGAGUAUCAGUGAGCACGUCAACACAGUCACUGAUAUUAAGCUUGGUCAGUAUGAAGACCUGGUGUAAGGGUGGGAGUCCUGGACCCUGGAACUAGGUCCUCAAAGACACUUCAGGAAGGUUCUCGAGGACCAGCUGGGGGGACGGACGUACCAACGUAAGCGAUAUGGAGGAAGCCGACACCACGUUUCAGCAAUAACGCAGUACCAACGUCCAAAAGUCCAUCGUUUUUGGGGACAGGCGUUGCUGGAAGACCCCUGUGCAAGACCCCGACUUUCCCCUGCCCGCCCCCCUAGAAACGUGGAUCACGGAUCGGCCCGCACGGCCAUCUGAAGACCCCCUAGAACACGGGGGGGUGUCAAACUCAACUUCACUAAGGGCCACACUGGAAAAUAAGAAUCACAUCAAGGGCCGGACACGUUUAGUUUAUUGAUAUGCUUUUAUUUAAUU